AUCAUGUCCAAGAUCUGUUUGUACACCUCCCUCCAUGGCUCCUUAAUGCGUGCUACUGGCCAUGGGGAACUGUGGAUGGAUUGGGACAACUUUUCCCAGUAUGGCUGGAGGUGCACCACCAAUGAAAACGAUUACUCAGAGAAAACCCUUAUGGGGAACUGGAAUGAAGGGCGAUAGGAUAUCCAGAGCAAGCAAGCCCAGGCCACUUCCUUUCCCAGGUAUUAUAGUCACUGCUUUGAAACAACAUACUCUUCAGAUUACAAGGGAAAGCAUCAGAGAAUAAAGAGAUUUGAAUGAGAACCUCAUUGGUUUCCAGGCCACCACCCUGAGUUGGAACCUCCUUCAUUCAACCCAACUGCUCAGUCCUGCUACACAAUAGACCACAGGUCUCCAUAUGACAGCAUUUUCUUUCCUUGUGUCCAACACUCAGAGAAGGAAAAAGAAGGAUGCAGGAAAAGCAACAGAAAUUGA